UCUAAAAUGAAUUCUGACGUUGAUCCUGUUUACACUAGAUUGUAUCACAAAUACUCAAUGAAGUACAGAAGGAUCAUAGAUAAGUAAUAUUCUAUUCUUUAAUUUAUAGAUGGAUUAUGCAUCCAGGAAAAAGAUGGACAUUUUGUGCUAUUUUACUCUUUUUCUAUUUUAGCAGACUUAUUGAAACACAAAGUUAUUUUGUUGUAUCCUAUAUGCUCGGAAUCCAAAUUAUUUAAUCUUUGUUGAGAUACUUUACACCAUUAGGACUUCCUGAUAUUGAAGAUGAAGAUGAAGAUAUCAAUAGUAAUACUUUCAUAUAUCUAAUUAAGUUUAACUUCCAUAGCAUAACGAUGACAGACCUCUUAUUAGAUCUAUGCCAGAAAUAUAAUUGUGGGAAUAAAUUAUCUUUGCUCUAUUCCUUUCAAAUUUUGCAACAUACUUUUAAAUAUUUGAUCUUCCUGUCUAUUGGCCAUUUUUGUUUAGCUAUUUCAUUUUAGUUAUGAUCAUUACAUUUAAAAAAUAUCUGAAGCACAUGCAAAAAUAUGGAUAUAGUUGGGGAGAUUUCUCUAAGAGAUGAUUGUAAUUAAUUUUAUAAACGCA